AUGCUAUCGCACAAGCCACCGGCGCUUCGCCUGCAGGCGGAGCUGCGCUGGGCCGCGAAUGCCCAUACCUUGAUAGGGCGACCCGAUCGGGUCCAUAGUUUAGAGAAGCGGCUCGAGCAGGUCAUGGCCCGAAGUGCCGUAGUAGAGGAGGCUUGCACUGAGCUUUUGGCUUCGGAUGUGGAACAAGGAGUCUUAGACUCGUGCCUCGCGGACUACGGACAAUUCUUUUCGCUCACGGACGACUUGAUCGAGGCGGGGGCCAAGUAUGCUAAUGAAGCGCGUGAAGCUCGGCUGAGUGGCCUGCCCAAGUCCCCUCGGAAGCAGCCUAAUCAGCCGGAGCUGUUGGGACGACUCCCAACUCUGGACCUGCCAAGGUUCUCCGGGGUCCUCUCCAACUGGCUGACCUUUGUUGGCCUUUUUGAUAGCCUAGUGGACGCCCGGAGGGCCUUGACACCAAGCCAAAAGAUGGCGUACCUCCUCGCCUCACUGGAGGGGGAGGCCCCGGGCAUCGUCGGCCAUUUGAAAUUGUCGGAGGACGCCUACCAGGCCGCCCGGGACCUCCUCGCAGGAAGGGACCGGGCCAUACUACGUCCAGACAUCGUAAAUCCAGUCGUGGUGGCCAGUAAUUCGUUGAGGCGGCUGGAUUUACUGGUGGACGAAUGGUCCUUCUUAUUGCUCCACAUCGUACUGUCCCGCCUGCCUCUCUAUCUUCGGAUCCAUUUUGAUGAGAGCUACGGCGGGGACGGCGCCUCCUAUAUUCCGCACUUCAGGGGCCUGCUGCGGUUCUUGGAGGAGCAGUGCCGGCAAAUUGAGAACGCAGCGGGCACCGUCGACGACCUGCAGGUUGCCAACCAAGCCGUGCCCAGGGAGAGGCGGAAUCCACCUGGCAAGUCGUCGCCAACCCCCCUAAGACCGAACGGAGCUCCCACGGGAGGGCGCCGUUCCCUACCAUCUUAUAGCGGCCGAGCGGCCAGGGAGGCGCCCUCCUGCUCCUAUUGUCGAGCAUCCGAUUACCGGGUGACGUUGUGCCCGAAGUUACUGGGUAAGCCGGUCCCGGCGAGGCGAACCAUCGCCAAGGAGCGCCGCUGGUACUACUCGUGCUUGGAAAGGCACCUCCAAAGAGACUGCCCGCACCAGCGGCAUUGUCCGCACUGCCAGGGCAACUGGGUUUGA